AUGAGCUGGAAGGAGAUUCCGUGUGUGCGCCUUGAGCUGUAUUGAAAACCUCUUUCCUCUCUUUGCUCUGUUUUCUCCCCUUCUUUCCUCCUUCCCUCUUUCCUUUUCUUUUCAACUCAUUUCAAAAAACACUAUAUAUACCCCUUUCUUAAUCCUUUCUUUCUUCAUCCUCCUUCCUUAUAUUUUUCCUCCCUUCAAAACAACUCCUACUACUUCUAACUUCUAACCAUGUACGUCUUCCUCUCCCUCGUUGCCUUCUUCUUCCUUCUUUUCUUUCGUUAUCUUUUCAAAUUCUCUGCUCCGGCUACCCGGAAACUUCCCCUUCCCCCGGGUUCCAUGGGUUGGCCCUAUUUGGGUGAGACCCUCCAACUCUACUCUCAAGAUCCCAAUGUCUUCUUUGCUUCAAAAAAGAAGAGAUAUGGUCCAAUUUUUAAGUCGCAUAUAUUGGGGUAUCCUUGCGUGAUGCUUUCUAGUCCUGAAGCUGUUAAGUUUGUAUUGGUGACUAAAGCUCAUCUCUUUAAGCCUACAUUUCCAGCUAGUAAAGAGAGGAUGUUGGGAAAAAAUGCUAUUUUUUUUCAUCAAGGUGAUUACCAUGCCAAAUUGAGACGUCUUGUUCUUCGAACUUUCAUGCCUGAGGCGAUUCGAAACAUCGUCCCGAGUAUCGAAUCCAUUGCUAAAAACACCGUUCAAUCAUGGGAUGGACAAUUGAUUAACACCUUUCAAGAAAUGAAGAUGUUCGCAUUCGAGGUUUCGUUGCUUUCGAUAUUCGGAAAAGACGAAGCUCUUUACUUCGAAGACCUCAAGCGAUGCUACUACAUUCUUGAAAAUGGCUACAAUUCGAUGCCGAUUAACCUCCCCGGAACACUCUUCCACAAGGCCAUGAAAGCAAGGAAAGAGCUAGCACAAAUACUAAACAAAAUCCUCUCAACAAGAAGGGAAAUGAAGCGCGACUACGACGACCUCCUUGGAUCUUUCAUGGGCGAAAAAGAAGGCCUCACCGACACACAAAUCGCCGAUAACGUCAUCGGUCUCAUCUUCGCUGCUCGCGACACCACCGCGAGUGUCCUAACAUGGAUCUUAAAAUACCUAGGAGAAAACCCAAGUAUUCUUCAAGCUGUAACAGCUGAACAAGAAUCAAUAAUGAAAUCAAAAGAAAAUGGAGAAGAUAAUCUCACAUGGGCUGACACCAAAAAUAUGCCAAUAACUUCAAGAGUAAUUCAAGAAACUCUAAGAGUGGCUUCAGUUUUAUCAUUUACUUUUAGAGAAGCAGUGGAAGAUGUUGAAUUUGAUGGAUACUUAAUUCCAAAAGGAUGGAAAGUUUUACCUUUGUUCAGAAACAUUCAUCACAGCCCAGAAAUUUUCCCUCAACCUGAAAAAUUUGAUCCUUCAAGAUUUGAGGUUUCACAGAAGCCCAAUACAUACAUGCCAUUUGGCAAUGGGACCCACUCAUGUCCAGGAAAUGAAUUAGCCAAGCUGGAAAUGUUGGUUCUACUCCAUCAUUUAACCACAAAGUAUAGGUGGAAUGUAGUUGGUGAACAAGAAGGGAUUCAAUAUGGUCCUUUUGCACUUCCUCUCAAUGGCCUUCCUAUUAGAAUCUCUCUCAAGAAGUAAAUACAAAAAAGACAGAAAUAACCCCCCCCCCCCCCCCCCCCCCCCCCCAAACAAAAACAAGAAUUUUCCAAGCAUUAAAAGAGAAAAAGAAAAAUCUGUUCUUUGUUAAGAGGAGAAGAAGAAGAAAAGCCACCUUGAAUUUUGGGCAAAAGGGGACAGUUUCUGACUCACAAGAGAGUCAUUAUUAGUUAUAGAUUUGGAUAUACUUUAAAACCCCAAUUCAGCCACAAACAAUAUCUCCAAAAACAACAAAAAAUCAACGCUUCUAAUCUUUUUGAAGUUUAUUCUUUUCUUUCUUUUUUUUUUUUUUUUUUUUUUGUUAAAGCUUACAAAUUUUCAUGAGAUGAAGAGGAAAAGUCCUCAAGGAAUGAUUGAUGUAUUUACUUUCACAUACCAAUUUUUUGUUUUGUUUUUUUUUUUUUUUGUAACCAUAAAAAUGCCGCAAGGCUAAUAAUAUCAUAUAUAAUAAAAGUCUAUUUUCCGA